UCGCAAAUUUUCCUAUACCAUGACUUGACUGCUCUUUUCUAGAUUCCUAUCAUAGUAAGAAAAUAGGAUUCGAGCAAUAUAUAAUUGUGAGUUAGUGUUAAAACUUAUAUAAGCGAACUUCUGUCCAUAACGUGGUUUGAUAGAUAAUGGAAGAAGAAGGAAGAUUCGAGGCCGAAGUAGCAGAGGUGCAAGCAUGGUGGAACUCGGAGAGGUUCAAGCUAACCCACCGCCCGUACUCCGCCAAGGACGUGGUGGCGCUCCGCGGCAACCUCAACCAGAGCUACGGCUCCAACGAGAUGGCCAAGAAGCUGUGGCGCACCCUGAAAACCCACCAAGCCAACGCCACCGCCUCCCGAACCUUCGGCGCGCUCGACCCAGUUCAAGUCACCAUGAUGGCCAAACACCUCGACACCAUCUACGUCUCCGGCUGGCAGUGCUCUUCCACCCACACCUCCACCAACGAGCCGGGCCCCGACCUCGCCGACUACCCGUACGACACCGUCCCGAAUAAGGUCGAACACCUGUUCUACGCCCAGCAGUACCACGACCGGAAGCAGAGGGAGGCCAGGAUGAGCAUGACCCGCGAGGAGCGAGCUCGAACCCCUUACAUCGACUACCUGAAGCCAAUUAUAGCCGACGGGGACACCGGGUUCGGCGGCACCACGGCCACCGUGAAGCUGUGCAAGCUGUUCGUGGAGCGCGGCGCUGCUGGGGUUCACAUCGAGGACCAGUCCUCGGUGACCAAGAAGUGCGGCCACAUGGCGGGGAAAGUGCUGGUUUCGGUGAGCGAGCACAUCAAUCGGCUGGUGGCUGCCAGGCUGCAGUUCGACGUGAUGGGCGUGGAGACGUUGCUGGUGGCGAGGACUGAUGCCGUCGCUGCGACUUUAAUCCAGACCAACAUCGACCCGAGGGACCAUCAGUUCAUUUUAGGCGUGACGAACCCGAAUCUUCAGGGGAGGAGCCUGGCGGCGGUUCUGGCUGAAGGGAUGGCGAAUGGGAAAACCGGAGCGGAGUUGCAAGCGAUUGAAGACAAUUGGGUCGAGUCGGCACAGUUGAGGACUUUCUCCGAACACGUGGUGGGCAUGAUUGAGAAAAUGAACGCGCCGGAGCCGGAGAAGCGGAGGAAGGUGAACGAGUGGAUGAAUCUGUCCAGCUACGAGAAAUGCCUCUCCCACGACCAAGCCCGCGAGGUCGCUGCUCGACUAGGGAUCAACAACCUGUUCUGGGACUGGGAUUUGCCGCGAACCAGGGAAGGUUUCUACCGAUUCAAAGGCUCGGUGAUGGCUGCGGUGGUCCGAGGCAGAGCAUUCGCUUCCCACGCGGAUGUGAUCUGGAUGGAGACGUCGAGCCCCGAUCUGGUGGAGUGCACGGAUUUCGCUCAGGGGGUGAAGUCGACCUGCCCGGAGACGAUGCUGGCGUACAAUCUGUCGCCGUCGUUCAACUGGGAUGCUUCCGGGAUGAGCGACGAGCAGAUGAAGGACUUCAUACCGAGGAUUGCGAGGCUGGGUUUUUGCUGGCAGUUCAUUACGCUUGCUGGGUUCCACGCGGAUGCGCUGGUGGUGGACACUUUUGCGCGGGAUUUCGCCCGCAGAGGGAUGCUGGCGUAUGUGGAGAGGAUACAGAGGGAAGAGAGGAGCAAUGGAGUGGAUACUCUGGCGCAUCAGAAGUGGUCGGGUGCUAAUUUCUACGACAGGUAUCUCAAGACUGUGCAGGGCGGGAUUUCUUCCACUGCCGCCAUGGGCAAAGGGGUGACUGAGGAGCAGUUCAAGGAGACAUGGACAAGGCCAGGAGCCAUGGAAAUGGGUGGAGCUGGAACUGAAGUGGUUGCCAAGUCGAGGAUGUAAGAACCAAGAGAGUUAUGGUUGCUAUGGAAGAAGGGUUUGGUUUUGAAGAGGGCGGGGAAUCCAACCAGGAUCCUGACAUUAUGGAACUGGGAUGAAGUGAAUAAUUUGUGUGCCAAAUAAUAGGAUUAUUAUUAUUAUGUUUUACCCUAUUGAGGCGAAAAACGAAGGCCGAUUCUGAGGAAGAAUCCCCAAGGCCACAAUUGUUCUUUUUGGUGAUUUCACUUUGCAUUUUGUAGUCUUCAUUAAAGCCAAUUGCAAGAAUUUGUUUCUGUUCUGUAAUUUUCUCAUCAUGUGAUUCCUAUAUCAAUAUAUGUUCUCCUAUCUGUUGCUUUCCUCCA